AUGGACGACGAAUCCGGUGAUACGGAACUUCCACCAGAUAACCCCACCAAUAUGCCUGGCCACAUCAUCAAAGCAACGCAAUAUAUUAAAGUAUUUCCCGAUAUCGAGGACUUGCUCUUUGUAUGCAGUUGGCUGGGUGGGUUCACCUCGAAAUGGUUCCGAAAGCUGGCCAUGGACAAGAACCCGCUCACGCCGACAUGGCAGCACUUGGAUGACUCGGAAAUUCCAGUAUAUCGCCUAAGUGACCAUGUUUGGAUAUGGAAGGCUUUUAAAGGGAUCGAAGAGCUGAUCAAACAUGUCGAAAAUACACAGAGCAAAAUGCCCCACGAAACGUUGAAGGAAUUUCUUCGCAUCACUAGCCAUCUUCCACACCGAGGGGUGCGAAAGUCUAGUGAUGAUUUCAUUCUUGACUUCACGGCCGAAGAAAUACGACGACAAAAUCUCCGUCGCUUUACAAUAGAGAAUGAUAUCCUCAAGAAGCGCAUGCUUAGUGUUACCAGAAACGCCCGUGAAACCCGUUUCUUACUGCAUUCUAGAGACACUGUUUUGUACUACGGCCUUGAUUGGGGAUUCUUCACUGGCGAAGAUGUAGUAUGGAAGCAGCUUAUCGAGGCACAGACACAGCAUGAUGAAGCGAGCAAUGACGAAUCUCAAUGGGAUAACCCACUUCGCUAUGGACUGGCAAUCGAGAUGGCUAAAGAAGGACAUCGCCUUGAGCGUACCUUUGCACCAGUUGAGAUGUUCGACCAUGCUAAAGAUAUUAUAUUGAAAUCCUCAUCCGAAAAUGGUCUUUUCCCGGGACAGCUGGAUGAUUUCAGUAAAGAACCUGCACUUUUUGAUCGCGAGCUCUUCCGCGACUUCUAUUUCCACGUCGGCUUUGAGCUGCCGUAUAUCCUUCUUCGAACCAUAGAAGAGCCAGGGCAACAAACCUCUGAAACACCUGGGCAGAGGAGACCUCGAUUGGAAACUCCACAGUCACCAGUUCAGAGGGCAAGAGAGUUAUCGCCAAUGCCUGAGCCCGUGGUAGGAACUGUACCUGGAUAUAUCAAUACACAAGAUGGCAGAGCAUUCGCAAUCCAGCGUACCUUGAAACGACAAAACCCGUACGGAAGGCUAGUUGAUUUGAGCAACAUAGUUGAGGUGCCCGAGGAAUGGAUUUAUCGCCAACAGGACUUCCUUACAUUCAUCCCACCAGCGGAUAAACUGACGCUCGAUCUGCUUCAAAGUGAGGCUCCUGGUGACAUGAAGAAAGCCAUGGAAAAGUACCUAUUUAGCAAUGCAGUUGACCCGAAAGACACGACUUUUCCAUCUCACGGCAACUGCUAUGUGUCAAUCAACGAUGUGCGCAAGGACCGAAAGCAGAGAAAAUGGUCCGUCAAAGAGAAAUCCGCCAUCUAUCCACUUUUAACAUACAAAGAUCUAUGGUUCAGGCUUCAGAAAAGGCGAAACGCUGCAUACAGCAAGAAGAGGCUAAUUUACUUGAAAUCUCCGGACUACAUUGUCGCUUCUUUAUGCUAUGUUGCAUCCCCAGAGUCCGAAAGGGGCCAUAUUGCGCAAUUCUUUGAUCGACAUGCGAAGGUUCACGCAAACUGGCUCUAUGAUGACACCGCGGCAGUCUUCAAUAGCUGGAUAACAGAGGUUCACUUUCGAUUUUUUCAGGUCUUCUCGCCCAACGACGGCGAAAUUCCUUCGCAAGAACCGACGCCUGUUCGGCAACUUAAGUCUCAGACAUGUGGUAUAUCUGGUGAUCAUGCAUACCUCGUUGAUGCCGUCAUCAGUUUUCGCAUAUCUGGUGAUUUCUUCGAUCGUUACUGGACUUGCUAUGUUGCUCAGCAUUUUGCAAAUCCAAAAGACCUUGAAUCCCCUCUCACUAAUGAUGUACUUGACAAUACCACGCAUUGGCAACAAAGGAAGGUGUUGGAGCUUAUGUUGAUGAAUUGCAUUGUGGAGAAAGUAUACACGAGUACAAGUUCGAUUCUUCGACGAAUUGAACAAGGGCCUCGGCAGAAAACAUCGGAUGCGGGAGAAAAAUACUUCUCUAAGGAUAGUUUCGAGGAUCGAAAGCCCGGAGAGCUUCGAGAAUGUUUUCAACUUCUCGUUAUCUUGAAGAAUAAUAUCACCAGUCUACAGGGUCUCAUUGAGCAAUGGAACAAUAGGGAAAGCUCGCAAGGACGUGAGCGACCACGCUGGACACGCAGCGAUGAGCAAAAAUAUCGAAAGUCGAUCAAGCAAAAAACUGCUCAAUUCGAAGAUCACAAUCGGGAAAUUAAAGCGGCUGCAGCGCGGAUCGAAUUUCUCAUUGCACUAGUGACAAAUGCCCAGGAUGCGAUCAGGGCUAAAAAGUCACUUCGCGAAGCCGAAAAUAUCACUCUUUUUACAUACGUGACUGUUUUCUUCUUGCCUGUCGGCUUAGCUGUGAGUGUGUUCGGCAUGAACGGGAUACCUGGUCGUACCACGAUCGUCUCGAUGCUCGUCACAGCAGCAGUGGCACUGCUAAUCACAAUUGGUGUGCUGUGGUGUGUGCUCAGCCACCUGAUUUCCUUCGGCUUCCGCAGUCCGUGGUCGCUAUUGAAGACUAGAAAUAGUCGACAGAGGCCGGUAGAGGUUGGCAAAGAGGGGUUGCAGGAAGAAAAUCCCAGCCAAAGGAUUCGCCGACGGCUAUCUCAUGCGUACAAUGUGUCUUCAAAACCAAUAAAGUACGAUCGUGAUCUCGAAAGCCAGACAGAACUGACCCGGGAGGAGAGACUGAGUACUUUGGACGAAAGGUCUUUCAAAUAG